AUGGAUCCUCGCGAAGCUCAAAACAUCAAGCCCUCGUCCCCACAAGAUCAAUCUGGUGGACAGCUAGUUCAAGCUAAGAAUUCCACCACGCCGCUUACCAAGACCCUGCUUCAGCAGCUAGACACUGGAAAUCAGAAGGGCUUGAUGAUGGACCGUUGGCUGGAAGAGACCCCAAACGAAGAGCCAUUCAAUGGCCUUAUAGUGACUAGAAGCCUCUAA